AUGUUACCCCUUGAAGGUCGCUCUGAGUCGAUCUUUAUCAUUACCACUGUCUUCCUUGGAAUUUCAUUUAUUGCCGUCUGUUUACGAUGCUUCGUUCGUUUGCGCAUCGUCAAGGCCUUUGGCUGGGAUGAUGCUUUCAUGGUGUGCGCCAUGUUACUUAAUAUAUUAUUCGCUUUAUGCGGCAUUACUGGAGCCUUGUAUGGAAUUGGACAAAAGUCCAAAGAGCUUUUGCUAAAGGGCACGAUGGAAACCGCAAUGUUUUGGUGGUGGCUCGGUCAAACGAGCUAUGUCUGGACGUGCGCGCUUGCAAAGAUCUCCAUCGCAUUGGCUCUUCUCCGCUUGACGAUCGCCAAGACUCAUCGACUUAUUCUAUUCACGGUCAUCGGUGUCACAUGCAUCAUUGGCCUUGUCUUUUGGUUCAUGUUGACGCUUCAGUGUCAACCGGUUGAAUUCUUCUGGCAACAAAUUCGGCUCAAGCUGGAUCCGGAAGCCAAUGUCCAUGGCACUUGCAUGAACCUGGAUAGCAUCAUUGCCAUUGCUUAUGUCUACAGUGUUACUGCUACACUCUGUGAUCUGACCCUUGGUCUUUUGCCUGUGUUCCUGGUGUGGAAAUUGCAAAUGAACACAAGAACCAAGGCUGCCUUGGCUGCCAUUCUGGGAAUGGGAUGCGUUGCAAGCGCAGCAGUCAUUAUCCGCAUUCCCUUUCUUCAUGAUUAUAAGGACGAAGACUUCCUAUACGCAACCGCCAACAUCUCGAUCUGGUCCAACGUCGAAGCUAGCCUAGGAAUCGCAGCAGGCAGCCUGGUGACUCUCCGACCCCUCUUCCGCUGGUUCCGUGACCCCAGCUAUGCCGGAGGAAGCAAGAGCAAGAGCAAGCGUACCGGUGGUAGCAUGCCCCUCUCCAGUAUCAACGCAGUGCGAUCCAAUGCGUCUGGUACGCAUUACUGGCGACCCGAUCUCGAGGAGGAUUCGCAUGUAGUUACAACGACCGUCCAUACCUCUAAUCAGGCUAGUCGGACGAGUAGCCAGGAGGAUCUCAACCCGAAGCACAGUGGCACUUUUUUUCAGGGUGUAAAUGUGCAGAAGACGUUCUAUGUUUCGGCGGAUCAGGCAUCAUAG